AUAUUCAUUCGAGGCUCUGCGGGCGAGAGAGAGAGAUGCGGUCAGCAGGUGACUUCAAGACGAAAAAGACACAGUGGAUGGUAUUGAUAAAGUGUCAUCAUCACAUCACCAUCGAUAACAACAAGAAUAAGAACAAGAACAAGACAAAUCAUGUCUGGGGAAAGGAGAGCCAUCACAUACAUGGUAAUCUCGUCGACCCGGCUUUGCGACGAUGAUGACAUGGCGGUGAUGGGCCACGGCGAGCAAAUCCGGGGAAGCGUCAACACACACAAAAGAUGUGGGGAUCUUCCCGAUCCCCCUCUGGCAAUCUCUCGCUCGAGCUGCGAUUGCAGAGGGCGGGACGGAAGACGGGGGAGCGGAUACGAUACGUCGCAGCGAGUGGUGAGUUGGGUAGUGCGUGCAGCCUUGGGAAAAUCGGCCCGGGGAGUUUUCUGGCUUUGAUUCGAGGGCAAAAACGAGACUCGAAAGAAGGGGGAUGGAGAAGGACGAGCGAAAGAGCUGGAGAGAAAGCAAGGAGCAGACGCAAGUACAAUACAGUACAAACGGCUAGCCGGAGGGAAUCAACUCUUUUGCGCGUAACAGAAAAGCCGGUUUGGUUAUGGCUUGGGCGUCUGGUGCUGGUCUGGUCUGAUCCGGUCCGGUCUUGGUCCACCUGGCCGCUUCGCUUUUUGUUCCUUGGACGUGGAGAAGCACCAGGAAGGCCGGGUGGAGCGCCAAUAGUAUGGAACUGUACUGUAUGGAUGUAAAAGCAGGUACAGGCAAUAAUUAGUAAGUCAUGGAAGCAGGAUGAGUGAGUUUUGGGGAGCAAGAGGGAAAAGGGCUGGCUAAGGAAAAGAAAUCGGGCUAAACCGCUGAAGCAGUGGCGCCAGAACGAUCAGAGCAGCGAACACACUG